AUGGCGUCCGCUUUUCUGGGACAAACGAAGAAAAACAGAAUAUAUAACUGGGCCAAAUUUCAUUCCCUUAAACCACACUCUCUCCCCUUCCCAUCCCACCAAACAACCAUUCGCAAAUCCACCACCACCAUGUUUUACAUUUCAGAUAACGUCAGCGUUGUCGAUGGAUUUGUCGUGUUAACUAUUGAAAGGAGGGUGCUUCUGUCCGCAAGGUUGUCAAGAAGUUCCACCCCAAGAGCAAGCUGUUCCUGCUGGAGGAGCGCACCAAGCUGGCCAACUACGCCCUGGUGGACCUGGACGAGUACCACACCGCCUUCCCGGCUCCGACCCUUGUCCCCCGUCCCCACGCUCCCAGCUCUUCUCCGUCUGCACCACCUCCAAGAGCUCUUCUACACCACCCAGACGGCUUCCGCAUCGUCAACAGCAAGACCCCAGACAGACACAGACGCUGCUCCCAGGAGUACACCGUCAUCCCCGUGGUCUACAAGGACAAGCCCACCAAGUACCUCUAUCUCAGGGACGAGACCCACUCCACGCAGUACCUGCUCGCCGACGUCACGGUCGACAGGGACAUUGUGCACUCCAAGGACUCGUCCUUCUUCGAACAGGUAG